AGCAAUCACUCUAGUGCUACUGAAUUCUAUCUUCUUGGUUUCUCUGGGUCCCAGGAACUACACCACCUUCUUUUUGCUGUAUUCUUUUUCUUCUACUCAGUGACACUGAUGGGAAAUGCUGUCAUCAUCGUGAUUGUCUCUGUUGAUAAACGCCUGCAGACCCCCAUGUAUUUCUUCCUUGGUCAUCUCUCUGCCUUGGAGAUUCUGAUCACAUCCAUGAUCGUCCCACUGAUGCUCUGGGGGCUGUUGUUCCCUGGGAUGCAGACAAUACCUCUGACUGCGUGUGUCUCCCAGGUCUUCCUGUACCUUGCUUUGGGGACCACAGAGUUUGCAAUAGUGGGAGCGAUGGCUGUGGACCGUUACGUGGCUGUCUGUCACCCCUUGAGAUACAACAUCAUCAUGAACAGUCAGACCUGCAUCUGGGUGGUAAUUGCCUCAUGGCUGUUUGGGCUCUUUUCUGAAAUCUGGCCCGUCUAUGCUGCAUUUCAGUUUACUUUCUUCAAAUCAAAUGUGUUAGACAAUUUUUACUGUGACCGAGGGCAACUGCUCAAACUAUCCUGUGAUGACACUCUUUUCAUAGAGUUUGUUCUGUUUUUAAUGGCUGUUUUCAUUAUCAUUGGUUCUCUGGCCCCAACAAUUGUCUCCUACACCUACAUCAUCUUCACCAUCCUUAGGAUGCCCACCGCCUCCGGCAGGAGGAAGGCCUUCUGUACGUGUGCCUCCCACAUCACCUUUGUUGUGAUCGGCUAUGGCAGCUGCCUGUUCCUCUACGUGAAACCCAAGCAGACGCAGGCAGCCGAGUACAAUAAGGUAGUUUCCCUGUUGAUUUAUGUGUUAACCCCUUUCCUGAACCCUUUCAUCUUCACGCUCCGGAAUGACAAAGUCAAAGAGGCUCUUCAGGAUAAUAUGAAACACUGCUGUCAACUCUUCAAGAAUUAA